CUGGGAGGAGAGAGAGGUGACGGAGGUAAGCUAAUGCAUAAUAUUCUCACCCUUCUCACCCUCAUUAUCACCCCCACGCACACCUGACAGCCCCCUCGCACCUCACCCGCUAGACACACCUGUGCACCUCGCAAAUUCGUUCAGGCACCUUUGGGAAGCAGAGGACAGGUGAGCAAGGGCGGUGGGACAUUGAACAUAGCGGCGUGUGGCAAGGCGAGGCUGAAGAGCAGUACCCAUUCAUCGUGCUUUCCAUUGCCAAGCCAUCAGUCAGACUCGGGACAGGUAAGAGGACGGACGCACGUUCCUCGCUCUCUUCCCCCACCCAUCCCUUGCAUCCUUCGCGUCUCCACGUCAACGCCAGCUAACAGCAAGUCAAGGUGGACAUUUCGGUGGCUGCGAGUGGUGAUUUCAGAACGUACAUACACACGUAAGCGCCUGCACACACGCACAAACGUACACGGGGCAAGGAUUCAACGUGUACUGCUGUGUCUCUCAAGUGUUCUGCUGUGUUGACUUAAAACGAAGAUUACCUCCAUCUCUCCGUCCCCUCUCUUCCUCCCUUUCCUAUCAAGAGGUGAAGGAGUUAUUUAUCUUCCUCCUUCCCUCCUCUCCUUCUCUCCCCUUUCUGUCCUCCGUGUCAGUGCGAGCAGCGAGGAAGAUAAAGUUAUUGAAGGAGCGUUGUGAAGGAGUAACUAAUGAAUGCUUGAUGAAAAGGGAAACGAAUGCAAAGGAAAUGCGUUGACAGUUUAAGUAGAAGAGAAUAGGAACACAGACCAGAAGGAAAAGAAAGGAAGGAAAGAGAUAGGAAGAUAGAGGAAAGGAAAAUUAUACACCACGUAAGGAAAGGAAUAUAUGAAUAGCAACAUAAAGUGAACAGAAAAAGGGAAACAGAAAGAAAAAUAAAAAGAGGAGAGAAAACAAAAAUAAACACUGAAAACCAAAGAGAAGAAAAACCAAACCCAAAACAAAAUUAAAAAAAUACAACAAACUGAAAAAUAAAAAUAAAAAAACACGAAAGAAAAAACAAACAAACAAACAGCGACAAACAAAACAAUAAGGAAGAGAGACAGAAAGAGUGAGAGAGAGAGAGAGAGAGCGAGAGAGAGUAAGAGUCCCUCCCUCCCUCCCUCUCUCCCUCUCCCUCCCACUCACCCACCAUCGGGACUACAAGAAUAUCGAGUUUCCUGUUUCUCUCAGGUGGAGUGAUGGUGUCGCUGUGAGUGGAGGUGAUGGUGGAGGGGCUGGUGUUCCGUGGCCGGGGCGACAACAUGAGGGUGGAGGCCGGCGCCCUCAGCCUCCCGCUGCCCUCCCCGCCGCUCCCCCCGCGAGCCUCCCGCCUCGUAUGCCUCGUCGCAGCCACCGUCGCCUUCCUGCUGGGCGUGGCCGUCGGCGUCACCCUCCCCCUGGUGCUGUCCACGCCGCCGCUCUCCUUCCCCAGCCACUUCCACCACCUACAGCAGCAGCAUCAGCAGCAGCAGCAGCAGCAGGUGCAGGGCGUGGUGGAGGGCGCCAGCAUAGUGGAUGAGGGCGGUCGAGGCCUCCCGGCGCCUCUACACUCGUGGGCGGCCUCGGUGGCGGGUGACAGCGCCAACGCCACAGACUUCCUCCCCGAAGGCGGCGCCAACACCACCACCACUACCACCACCGCCACCACCACCGCCGCUACCACCACCAGUACGGCGUGGGCGGGGUCCGAGCGCGAUGCGCCUGACGUGGAUGGGUCUGCGGCGCUGCUGGUGGACGAAGUGUACUGGGGCGCUGCCGUGGAGGCCGCUCUGCCGCAAGGCUUCCCGGACCACGAGGUGGCGGAGUGGCGCAAGUUCACGCGGCGGCAGGCGGUGGUGCGCCUGCAGGAGGGCUGCGGCCGCAUGCAGAACAGACUGGUCACCUUCGAGAACGGCACGCGGUCCUGCUGCCGCUACCGCCAGAACCACGACCAGAUCCAGGGCGAGAUCUUCAGCUUCUACCUGAGCCGCCUGCUGGGCCUCACCAACGUGCCGCCCUCGGCCCUGGGCGUGGUGCGGGCGGGGGCGUGGCAGUGGUCGGGCGUGGGCAGCCAGCUGGCCCUGGCGCAGUGGGCGGAGGAGCGGCCAGUGGUGCUGACUCGCUACGUGGAGGACCUGGCGCCAGCCUUCAUCCCUGCCUCGCUGCGCCCCUCGCGCCGGCGCCUGCACCCGCUCACCGUGGAGGAGUGGGACCCGCGGGACGUGGCGGCGCUGGCCGAGCUGGCGCAGUGGUCAGACCUCAUCAUCUUUGACUACCUCACCGCCAACCUGGACCGCGUGGUGAACAACCUGUACAACAUGCAGUGGAACCCCAGCAUGAUGGAGGCGCCCGCGCACAACCUGGCGCGCCACGCCCCCUCGGGCCUGCUGGUCUUCCUGGACAACGAGUCAGGCCUGCUGCAUGGCUACCGCCUGCUGGACAAGUAUGAGGCCUUCCACGCCUCCAUGCUGCAGGCGCUGUGCGUGUUCCGCCGCGCCACCGCAGACCGCGUGCG